AUGAAGUUGACUGUGCUGCUGUCUCUUUUGAGACUAGGUGCUGGCCUUGCAAUUGGAGCUGAAGUUGAAAACUCAGCGACUCAUCAAUGGCUUCCACCAACAAAGCAUUUUGAACUCAACUUGACCUGGGAAUCACGGGCACCCGAUGGGGUUGCGAGAGAACAGUUUUUGGUCAAUGGCCAAUUUCCUGGACCACCUCUCAUCAUGGAUGAAGGUGAUAAUGUCCAAGUUACCGUGAAUAAUUUUAGCCCCUUCAACACGACCAUUCAUUAUCAUGGCAUCGAACAAAAAGGCACACCAUGGUCAGAUGGUGUUCCUGGAGUUUCGCAGAGGCAAAUCUUGCCUGGCAAGCAAUUUGUUUCCAAAUUUACCGUCCAACAGUAUGGAUCAUAUUGGUACCACUCACAUACUGCGGGGCAAAUUAUGGAUGGGCUUUAUGGCCCGAUUUACAUUAGACCUCGGAGCAUUCCUAAAAACUUGACUAUUUCAAUCACAAAUGAUACCCUACAGCAGGCCCAGAUACACAAAGCCAUCCAUUCGCCUGAAUUGGUGCUGCUUUCUGACUGGAUCCACCAGACAUCAGAUGAACUCCGAGAGAUUGCAGAAACUGCAGAUGUUGAUAUUUUUGCUGUUCCAGCAUCUUUGUUUGACGAGUGUGAUGCCACUCAAUCAGCGGAAGAGGUCAUCGAGGUUAACCCGUCACUUGGCUGGGCAAGUCUGAAUUUUAUUGGCGGGGCAUCUAUUUCAGCUCCUACAGUGUCCAUCAACAACCAUUCGCUUUGGGUCUAUGAAAUCGAUGGUCUCUACAUAAACCCUAUUGAGGUUCAAGCGCUGACAAUCAACAACGGAGCCCGCUAUUCUGCCUUAAUACAACUGAAUCAGACGCCAGGGAACUACUCCAUCACAGCAGCUAACUCAGGGCUUAAUCAAAAGAUUGCAGCGUUCGGUACCCUGUCCUAUAAGCACGGACACGCUGUUAAUUCGACACCUUAUAUAAAUUACGGCGCAAUCGAUUUGAGUACAGAUGUGGUCACUCUAGAUGAAACCACGAUCGAAAUGUUGAUUCCAAGUCAACCUAGCCAGGAACCGGAUGCGACCCACAUCUUGACUGUCGGUCGUGUUCAAGAAGCUUGGAAGUGGUCUCUCAACGGGAACCAUACCUAUGAUGUAGCAUUCGAGGCCGACAAGCCCUAUCUCUGGGACCCUCAAUCUGCAGCAAAGAGUCCUUUGACUAUCACCACCAAAAACAAUACUUGGGUAGACAUUGUUUUCUCUCUUACUGGUAGCGCAACUGUGCUUCAGCCCGGCCACCCACUCCACAAGCACUCCAAUCGAGUUUACGUUAUUGUGAGUGCCUCAAACAAACUAGUGCAUGAAGCCGCUGAGCACAAUUUGCUGAUUUUCAACUCCAAGGGCUCUGGUUCCGGGGACUUUAAUUAUACCACGGUCGCGGAAGCCGCCAAGGCUAUUCCGGAAAGCUUUAACCUGAUUAACCCCCCUAUGAGAGAUACCUUUGUUACGCUUCCUGCCUUUGGAGCUGAAACAUGGAUGGCAAUUCGCUACCAAGUACUAAACCCUGGGGCAUUUUUGCUCCACUGUCAUCUCGAUCCACACCUGACAGGCGGAAUGGGGCUCGUAUUUUUGGACGGUGUAGAUGCAUGGCCUAGCAUUCCGGCUCAGUAUGGUCCAGACGGACAGUGGCCAAGUGUCGAAGAAGAUUGUUGA